AUGGGAAAGCGCAAAUUAGGAGCGUUGGAAAAGGUUGAUGCUGAUCUAACGAAUCUACAAUACAAAAUUCGACGGGACCCUAAGUCCUAUGUUGAAGAUUUCCGUAGCCAGCAUUUUCAAUAUGAAUCGCAUCGCGAAAUAUUCAUGGCUGCGCCCUCCUCCGCGACGGAUACAGGCAUCAUCUCGCUUCGGGAACUGAUUGAUUUCAUUGCUCAUGUUGCUGAGUGCUAUCCGGAUAUUACCAAGGAUUUCCCACGGCAGUUGAUCGAGAUUAUAUCUCUUCAUCAUGCCGUCUUGGAGUCUGAACUGAGGGAAAAGAUUGUGACGAGCUUAGUGCUACUGAAGAAAAAGGAUGUUAUAGAUUCAGCUACACUUCUACAGACGCUUUUUCCAAUUCUUGUCUCAACUCCCAGCAAGACCCUUCGGGCUUUACUCUUCCAAAAGAUUGUUUCAGAUCUACGCAAUUCGAACUCGAAAGGCACGAAUCAUAAGUUAAACAAGACUAUCCAAACCGUUCUCUUCAACUUAGUAACUUCAGACCGUACAUCUGCCAAGGGCCUGUGGGCAAUCAAAAUUACACGAGAGCUUUGGAAGCGCCAAAUAUGGACAGAUUCGAAGGCCGUGGAGAUAAUGAAAGAAGCUUCACUGGCAGAAAACGAGAAGCUGAUAGUUGGGGGGGUGCGUUUCUUUCUCGGAGGCGACAAAGAGCGAGAGGAGCUGGAGGAUGAGAGCAGCGACGAUGAGGCCAUUGAUGUGGCUCGCGUGCGACACCAGGUUGGGAUAAAUAAAAAAAGCAAAAAGAAAGCUCGUCAAGUAGAAAAAGCCAUCGCAACAGUGAAGAAAAAGGAAAGGAAGAAGAGUCAGCCUCAUCCCUUGAACUUCUCGGCUCUACAUCUUCUGCAUGAUCCCCAAGGAUUUGCAGAAACACUUUUUCAGAAACACUUGCAAAAUUCGAAAUCUCGACUAAACUUGGAGCAGAAACUUCUCGUCUUACAGCUGGUAUCUCGACUCGUUGGCCUCCACAAACUUACCGUGAUACAACUAUACUCCUAUUUUUUGAAAUACUUAACUCCCAAGCAACCUUCUGUUACCUCAUUUCUCGCAUCUCUCGCGCAAUCUACUCAUUCCCUCGUUCCCCCCGAUGUCCUUGAGCCGCUUAUUACGAAAAUAGCAAAUGAGUUUGUAUCUGAAGCUGCUGCUGCUGAAGUAGCAUCCGCUGGCCUAAAUGCUAUCCGCGAAAUAUGUGUUAGGCAACCAUUAGCAAUGAAUGAUACAUUGCUUCAGGAUCUUGUCAUGUACAAGAAAAGCAAGGAUAAGGGGGUAAUGAUGGCUGCUAAAGGUCUUUUGGGCUUGUAUCGGGAAGUGGCUGCAGAGCUCUUGAAGAAAAAGGAUCGAGGAAAGGAUGCAAGUAUCGCAUUGAGGACAGGUGAGCGGAAAGAGCGGAGAUAUGGGGAGGAAGAAGUCGGUGAAAUUGAAGGAAUCGAGCUACUUGAGAAAUGGAAAGAAGAACAACGGCGAGAGAAAAGACGAGAGCAAGGCUUGCCCUCUGACGGAGAAACUGGUGAAGAAUCGCAAAAUGAUGACGAUUGGGCUGCUUGGGAUGUUGAAGAGGAUGACAGCGACGAGUCCGGAGGCUGGAUUGAUGUUCAAAGCGAUGUUGAUAUCGAGCUCAGUGAUUCUGACGAUGAACCACCCGUUGUGAAGAAACAGAAAAUCGAGAAUGGCGACGAGCAAGGCCAAGCACAAUCAGAAGCACCUACAGCUAAGACCUCGAAGUUGGCGACUACAAAGAUCCUAACCCCUGCUGACCUGGCAAAGCUCGCAGAGCUCAGAGCUGCGUCUAGCGUUUCUGCAUUAGUUCGUGGGCCUCGAUCCGCCAAAAAGCAAGCAGCAACGAAUGGGGCUAGGCAUAUCGACGACCCCCUUACGGCUGUGGAGAUUGAAGGUCUUGCAUCUCUGUCAGCUGGUAAAGCUACUCGUGAAGAGAAAAUUGCCCAUAUGAACGAGAGCAAAACAGAUAGGUCUGAGUUCAAAAGCAAGAUGGCCCGUAAAAAAGAAAAGAAGGAGACCCAAGGAAAGAGCACAACAAACAGAGAAAAAGCAAGGAAAAAGAAUUUUCUGAUGACUUUGGGAAAGGCGAAAAGCAAAAAUAAACGGAGUUUGGUGGAAACAAGGGCCACACUUUUGGCGCAUAAAGAACGGUCGAAAAGGGGUGGGAAAAGGGGAAACAGAUAA